AUCCAGUCUUUAUCCGACUGCCAUUCUGGCUCCGUAUUCCUACAUCGCUUUAGCUACGGCGUAGUUUGUACCGUCCGGGCGGGUCUGGCUAACGUCUAGCCGCUUCAGCAGAACUGACUGAAAACCUAGCGUCAUUGUCGGACUGCACGCCCUUUCCGCGUCGACGCGUAGGCCCAUCAAGAAAUUCUCCUGGUGUCCCUCGCAGCGGACUGGGUUGGUUGCUGCCACAGUGGUAUUAUUUUUCGCAAACGAGGCAACUACGGGAUCUGCGCCAGUUAUGGCCGACGUAAACGUGAAGAUCUGUGAAAAGAGCAGCUUCGCCGUAGGUUAUUUCUCCGUAAUUCUCUAGUGUUGUUGUCGCUGGUGCUGUUUAGUUUUGCCUGUUGGUUCUGAAUUGCCUCGUUCCUUGAUUAGACCGCUUCUGCAUCGAUCGUGCUCGUUGGAUCGUCCGUCCAUUGGCUGACCUGCAUUGCUAUCGAAGCCGAAAGGUAGUAACGAAUCACUACGAUUAAGGAGCUAUUGCUCACGCCGCUUUUGCCACGGCGACAGCCCCAGUGCUGCUAGUACUGAUGCUGGUAUUGAAACAGUGCCGCAAUUUCGCUCCAGGAAACAGCGAGCUAGCUUUCUGUGUGUGCAUGCGUAUGCCUCAGUCCCGUUGAUUCUAUUAUCUCGACAUCCAUUGCAUACUGACACUAUUCGCAACUAUAUGUGUGACGUGAUGGCCAUGGUUUAUCCGUAUUCCUAACGCUUAAAGAAAGGAACAACCCUGAAGACUUUUGCCGAAGAAGACGUGGCUAUCGUUUACCGCCAUUUGACAACUAAGAGAAGCAGCGGCAGCUACGGAAUACACUGCGAUUUGAGCAGGCGCUUAGUACGCCGAAUAUUGUGUUAACUUCUCGUCAUCCACGCCGAAAUAUUCAAGCAAGAUGGCUGUGGAAAAUCAAGUCAAGCUGUAUGCGUCAAUUUUUGGAGGCCUAUGUGUGGCUGUCCUAUUUUUGCCUUAUGCAUGGAUUUCCGUACAGCUUGCUGGAGCUAUAUGUCUGCUUUCCAUGGUCGCUCGCAGAAUCACAACGGAAUACAAUCGUCAAACGGGGAAAACACCAGUUAGCUCCAUCGAUAAGGCGAUCUUCAUUACCGGAUGCGAUUCCGGAUUUGGCUACGGUCUUGUGAAGCGUCUUGAUAAACUUGGCUAUCGCGUGUUUGCCGGAUGCCUAUAUCCAGAUGGCGAGGGCGCCGCCAAGCUGAAGUCCGAGACGUCAAAUGAGGUAACGAUUCUUCCGUUAGAUGUAACGAAAGACGAGUCUGUUGAUGCCGCAUUUGAGACGAUUACGAAGUCAUUGAAGAACAGAACUAAUGCACGUACUUCUACAGAACUAUGGGCGGUGGUUGGUAAUGCAGGCGUGUGCUACGCGGGCGAACUAGAAUGGGGAAAUCUUGACUGGCUGACAAGAACUUUUGACAUCAACGUUAUUGGACUUGUCAGGUCUAUUCGCCCGUUUUUGCCUUUGUUACGACGCAGUAAGGGUCGAGUUAUCUGCACGACUUCUCUGUGGGGUCAUUACGCUAUUCCCCCUGCUGUGCCGUACUGCAUGUCGAAAGCGGCAGCCCGCUACUUCGUCGAUGGUCUCCGACGUGAGAUGAAGAAGUUUGGGGUCAAGUGCAUUUCUAUGGAACCCAACGUCUACAAAACGAAUUUAACGGAUCAUACCCUUCUUAUCGAGAUGAUGCGCAAAGCCUGGAACCAAACCCCCGAAUCCAUUAGGAAAGACUAUGGAGAAACAUAUUUCAGGAAAGAGACCGAAUACCUCAGUGCCCACCUUAACGAGGGACGAACUCAGGUGGACGAGGUUCUCGACGAUUUUGUGGAAGCUGUAACUGCCCAACAUCCGAAAUACGCUUACCACCCCGACGGUUGGGUGCGGGGUCUUUUCUGGCGCCUAGCCCUGAUUGCACCCCCGGCCCUGCAGGAUGAAAUAAUCAAUCACAUUGCACAACCAAAUGAAUUCGUUGCUUUUCGUAGAAAUUCUAAAAAGCAAGGUUAAGCGGCUUCAGAGGAGAGAGCCACUUUGUAGCUAACUAAUAUAGGGGGUGCCUUGCUGAGCAAUGUACCUCAUUCAUUAAUACUCUAUCAGGCAAAACUCAGUUAUUAAACGGGACCUUACCAACUCAAGAAGUUGAACAAUUGAGCAUAUAUUCAUAUGUUUGUAAACGUCUCAGGUAUUUUCGUUGCCAAGCGCAGUGCAAUCUCAUUUAUGCUAAGUAUGUUGAGCGUACGAGGUACGAACUGGGUAGCUUUCUACUGUUGGAACUCAACCAUGUGUGAUACUUGGUCCCAAGAAACUGAAUAUUAUUGAGUGUGAUACAGAUCUACUGAACAAAGUAAUAGGGUAAAAGAACUCGUGUGGAUGUUAGAUAUAUUCAUGGGUAGACCGUAUUUCAUAUCAGUUUUAUUCGGUGAAAGAUGCUUUGCCUAAGCAAACGAAUAAUUGUACCGGGCGGUGAAGUUAGAGCUUCGACAUACUAUGUUGUGUCAUACUUUAUUUUAAUAAAUUACAGAUUAAAACGUAUUUGGGUCGAUCAUCGCUUCGCUUACAUUUUCGGCUAAGAAUAAGUCAUUGUAAAACGCUGAAAUUUCAGAAAAAAACGUGAGAAAAGUACAUUGGGCAGACGCAAUGCCGGUCGGUCACAACGCACGACUCAAAUACGUUGACUGGUAACAUUAAAAGAAAAACUAGCUUAAAUGCUUUAUUAUUGUUAAUUCAUUUUCGAUUGGUGGUAACAAAGUUCACUAUAUAGAUUUUUACGUUAUAAGGUAAAUCACUAUGGGCUCAUUGUCAACUUAACUUGAAUCAGAUUUAGGUACAUGUUUUUUUAUCGGUGAUUGCUUACAGCUUGUAUUAAAUUAAGAAAAAAAUGCGAUUUUUAUUAGGUUGUAAGAUAACCAUGACCGUUACCUUUAUUAUUCAGCUCAAUUUUAGUAGGAUACAUAGAAAACGCAAACCGUUAUUUUCUCUAUUAGCGUACAUAUUUACAUGAAAUAAACACACUUCCGGCGAUAACCAGAGUUGUUCCGCAUAAUACUGCAACAAUCUCCCAAUUGUCCCAGGUCAAGUAUUCGUUAACCG